AUGGAAAAACGACCAUCUGCAGAGAGAGCAGCAGACUCAAUUGCUGCACUGGCAGUUACCCUUUCUAGUGAUAGUGAACCUUCAAAUGUAAUAUCAGGUGAAUCCUAUGAACCAUCUAAUUCGUCGAGCAACAGUUAUGAUGAUAAAGAACUUAAUGAAAUAAAUGAAGCGACAAAUGUGAUACCUGCACAUUCAAAUGAAACAAAUCUACCAUCUGAACAGUCACAUGAAAAAAUCUAA